AUGCGCUACGUCUCCGAAAACACGACCAUCCCGAUUCCCCACGUCCACGAGACUCAAAUCCAUGGUGGUGGCGUUAAGUCUAUCUUAAUGGACUAUAUCGAAGGCCAGACGCUGCAAGAUGCCUGGUCUAGCAUGAUCCCAUCACAAAAGAUGUCCAUUGCGCAGGAACUACAUGGAUAUAUACAGCAACUACAAAGGCUGAAGCACGAGCAUCCGGGGCAUUUCAGUCAUAGAAAUAUAUGCACGCGCCGCCCAAUCUACCUAGACGAGCACUUGUUUUCGAGACUGACUACCUCAGUCCCGGAUCUUGUGCAAAAUUGUUUGAGAACUAGCCGGUCAGAAGAUAGUACGGUCUUCACCCACGGUGAUCUGGCACCGAGAAACAUCCUGGUUGACGACCAUGGUCAUGUCACUGCAGUAUUAGAUUGGGAGUUUGCAGGCUGGCAGCCUGAAUGGUUUGAAACUAUUAGAGCGUAUACUUUUUGCAACGAUAUUCCUGGCUGGACUCCCUAUCUAUCGGCUGUUUUCCCGCCAAAUCAUGCCACGGAGUACAUGGCUGUGGCAUUUGCUAGGCAUAUGACACGAUGA